AUGGCUAGAAUACCGAUAGAUACAAGUCAACAUAUAUCCAAGAAUAAAGGUGAAAGUGUUUCUCAAGUAGAGUACUCGAGAAUUAUUGAAAAUUUGAUGUACUUGAUGAGUUGUAUAAAACCAGACAUAGCCUACACAGUUAGUAAACUGAGUAGAUAUAUGAGUAAUUCAGGAGAUGAUCACUGGAAAGAAAUAGUAAGGGUACUAAGGUAUUUAAGAUAUACUCGUAAUUUUGGAUUGCACUAUACCAAAUAUCCAACAGUCAUUGAAGAAUAUAGUGAUGCUAAUUGGAUAUCUGAUACAAAAGACUCAAAGUCCACUAGUGGAUUUGUAUUCACAUUAGGAGGUGCAGACAUAUCCAAGAAAUCCUCUAAGCAAAUUGUUAUAGCCUCUAGAUGUUACCUUAGAAUUAAAUAUCGAGAUUUAUUUACAGGUGAAGAGGGUGAGUUGUUACACAACUUCUUAGAGGAUCCAAGAUGGUCAAAACAUGUGCCACCAAUUUGCAUAUAUGGUCAAAACCUGUGCCGGCAACCUAUGCGACCUACGUACAUGAAUGUUAGACCUAAAGGAGCAAAAUUAGCCCCUUAG